GUAGCUGGCGCAUGUAUAUAUAGGCGCCCCCAUCCUGCCUCGAGAGUGCCUGCCACGGACCAAUAGCAACUGAAACCUCAAAGCAACGCCACACCUACGGGCUACGGCGGCGAGCUCUCGACCUCCGGUUCUCCUUCUCACAUCCGCUCUCUGGGAACGAUUGGCUCUCCGGCAGCAGCGACACCGUCCCUGCAGGGAGGACCCAGUCGGGAGAUGUCUCUGAGUCUGCUCAACACAGAGCGCAACCACCUUCUGUCUCCGAAGCCGCGCAGCCCCCGGGAUGGAUGCUUCUCGCCGGUGAGGACAUCAUCGCCGAGGGCCACCGCCAAGAUGGCGCGCGGCGGCCUCGAGCGCUCGCUCAGCUUCAAGAACUGGGAGGCGCAGGUGGCGGCGCCCCCUCAAGAGCCUGAGUCGGCGGCCCCCGCCGGCCGGGGCGGCAGCGGCAUCAACGGCGCGCGCCCGGGGACUCUGGCGCUGCAGCCGGCGCCGCAGCAGCAGAGCCCCCGCCGGGCGGCGUCCCCGGCGCAGGCCAUGAUCGAGUACAUCUCCCCGCGGCCCCGCGUGGAGCUCGACAAGGCGGCCACCAAGCUGCAGAAGAUCUACAAGGGCCACCGCACGCGCCGGAGCCUCGCCGACGGCGCCAUCAUCGCCGAGGAGCUCUGGUGGAAGACCUACGACUCGGUCUACCUCAACAUCAAGUCCAUCUCCUUCUUCGACGGGGGGAAGCAGGAGACCGCCGCGUCGCGAUGGUCCAGGGCCGGCAAGAGGAUCGCCAAGGUCGGCAAGGGCCUCUCCAAGGACGAGAAGGCCCAGAAGCUCGCGCUCCAGCACUGGCUCGAAGCGAUUGACCCGCGCCACCGCUACGGCCACAACCUGCACCUCUACUACGACAUCUGGUCAGCCAGCUCCAGCUGCGAGCCCUUCUUCUACUGGCUGGACAUCGGCGCCGGCAGAGACCAGCAUCACCCCAAAUGCCCAAGAAACAAGCUGUACUCACAACUGAUCAUGUACCUCGGACCGAACGAGAGGGCGGCGUACGAGGUGAUCGUGGAGGGAGGGCGUCUGCUGUACAAGCAGAGCGGGGAGCUGGUGAACACGAACGAGGAGUCCAAGUGGAUCUUCGUGCUGAGCACAAGCCGGUCGCUGUACGUCGGGCAGAAGAGGAAGGGCAGGUUCCAACACUCGAGCUUCCUGUCCGGCGCCGCCACGACGGCCGCCGGGAGGCUCGUCGCCAAGGAGGGCGUCCUCAGGGCGAUCUGGCCAUACAGCGGGCACUACCACCCCACGGAGGAGAACUUCAGGGAGUUCAUCGCCUUCCUCGAGGAGAACAGCGUCGACCUCGCCAACGUCAAGCGCUGCUCCGUCGACGACGACGAGUACCCGUCGUUCAAGAAGGCGCCGGAGGAGGCCGAAGCGCCCACCGCCGAAGCUGCGGCGCACGGCGAGACCGUGGAGACGGACCAGCCGGUGGAGCUGCCGGAGGUGGACAUCGUGAAGGAGGAGGUGGCGGCCGAGAUGGCCGUCGGCGGAGGCGAGGAGGAGGAUGCCCCGGAGCCAGAGAUGAUGGCGAGGCGGCCGUCAUUCAAGUGGUCGACGCCGACAGGCGCGCGCAUCGGGUGCCUCCGGGACUACCCGGCGGACCUGCAGAGCAUGGCGCUGGAGCAGGUGAACCUGUCGCCGCGGGUGGCGCCGUCGCCGGGCGCGGCGGGCAGGCUGCCGCUGCCGAUCCCGUCGCCGCGCCCCAGCCCGAGGAUCAGGCUGUCGCCGCGGCUCCACUACAUGGGGCUCCCGACCCCGACCAGCGCCAGGCUCCCAAUCCCGAGCCCGGCGCCGGGGGGCACCAGGCGGUCGCCCAAGCAGCAGUUCAUGGGGUUCCAGACGCCGGCCGUGGCGCUCACGCUCCCCAAGCACAAAGGCAAGUGAGCCGGCGGCGCUGCUCAUUGACAGGGCCGGCCGGUCUCGCCGUGUCGCCGCAGUUGCAGACUUUGCAGCGCCGUUUUCGAAGGCGUUGCAGCGUUCGUUCAAUUGGUUAGAUGAGGGUUAACAAUUUUGUUGGUUGUUUGUCGUAAGAUGUUUUUUGAUCUUGUACAAUGCAUUCUUUCGUAUGUUUGUUCAUCUUCUUCUUCUUUGACCUGAGGUGCAUACUCUGCCCGUUGUAUAAGUGUAAACCACAAGCUGCAAGGCAUGUAUAACAUGAACCUGCAGUUCUAAGAGGAAUGUAACACUGCAGAUUCUUUUUGAAUAAGAGAAUAUCCUUCUUCCUUAAACGAAAA